UUUCUUGCCUCUUAAUGGUCUCUCUAAAACCUUUAAUCACUAACCUUUUAUACCACAAGUUUAUGUGGAUCUUGAAGGUUCAUCCUACCAUUUUGGAGCACUUACUUUUAAGAUUGUAAAUGCUUUCCAUGUAUUGCCAUGGUUACUUAAAAAAUAAUAUAGACCCAGAUUUUAUCCACUUUAGGAUAAAGUAAGGAUAACUUUAUUUACUUUAUUUAGGAUAAAGUAAAUAAAGGUCCUUUUAGACUAUAAAAAGAUAAGAAAGAAAUUGUUUAAUCAGUCUAAAUGGCUCUUCGGGGAAGUGAAAUGGCGCUUAUGUCACCACUGUCUGUAUAUGCCUUUUAUGGCACCUUUAUUUUUAAGACUGCAAACACCAUCCAGGUAGAUAAGCUCAACCGUUCUUGACAGUCCAAAUACAAACUUAUUUUACUUUAGGUAAAAGAACAGCUGUCAUAAACCCUCUUAAACGGUCGUAAGUGUUUGCAAAGGUGGUCUAGAUUGAAUGCACAACUCUUAACAACGAUCACCGCGUGGGCUGCCUGAAGCUCGAGGCGCUGGACUGAACAGCUGACAGCGUGCUGGAGAAAAAGCGGUUAGGAUGUCGGAACCGAUGCGACGCAGCCGUGCCGUGAUUUGCGUGAAUCAAUGAGAUCCGAGGUGACAACUGUGCGAUGCAGAGACCAGCAGAAGCGCACCCACCAUUCAUCUGGAUUUAAUUGGAGCUGCUGGAAAACAGAUGUGCAAAGAUAAAUUUAUCUUUGGAAAUGUAUACUGGGAUACCCGCUGUGAACUUUGCUUUUAUUCGUGAAGAGAGGAUCAAUUGUGAAACUUAGAGCGAAUGGCUAUGAUGACGGCGAACCUGAGCUGUAUGGAGAGUUCAUCCACAGCCACCAGCAGCGCGUCUCCCGGGGUCGUAGCUAUCCUCGCUGGCGUUCUGAUCUUUACCACCGUGGCUGAUAUCAUUGGAAAUCUUUUGGUCAUCCUGUCCGUGUAUAGAAACAAGAAACUGAGGAAUGCAGGUAAUCUCUUUGUGGUGAGCCUUUCUGUUGCUGACCUGGUGGUGGCGCUGUACCCCUAUCCCUUAGCUCUGCUAGCUAUCUUCCAUAAUGGCUGGACAAUGGGCUCCUUGCACUGUCAGUUGAGCGGGUUUGUCAUGGGACUGAGCGUGAUCGGUUCAGUCUUCAACAUCACGGCUAUCGCCAUCAACCGCUACUGCUACAUAUGUCACAGCCUUCGCUACGACCGCCUCUAUUCGCGCCGGAACACCUGUCUGUACCUGUUUCUCACCUGGAUGUUCACGGCUCUGGCCACGGUUCCCAACUUUCUGGUGGGCUCCCUGAGUUACGACCCACGUGUCUUCUCAUGCACCUUCACCCAGACGGCAAGCUCCUACUACACCAUUUGCGUGGUGCUGAUACAUUUUCUCGUUCCACUGGGCGUGGUUUCUUUUUGCUACCUGCGCAUAUGGACACUGGUGCUAAGGGUCAAAGGUCGUGUCCGGCCCAAUCCGAGGGUUAGAGCGGCUGACCUGAGGAAUUUCUUGACGAUGUUUGUGGUAUUCGUGCUGUUUGCCGUGUGCUGGGCCCCUCUGAAUUUUAUUGGGCUUGCUGUGGCGGUUAACCCUACGAAGGUGGCGCCAAAUAUCCCGGAGUGGCUGUUUGUUAUGAGCUACUUCAUGGCGUACUUCAACAGCUGUCUGAAUGCCGUGGUCUACGGCUUGCUCAACCAGAACUUCAGGCAAGAGUACAAACUGAUUCUUCGUGCUCUCUGUACCCCGAGAGCGCUGUUCAGUGAAAGUUCCAGAUGCAACACAGAGGCCAUAAAGAGUAAACAGUCACCAGCAGCAACUAAUAACAAUGUAAAGGAAGUGAAUCUGGGUAAGGGUGGACUGACACAGACUCUGUUCUAGUGGUAGAUCGAUGAGAUUGAAGCCACAGUGAAGCACCACAAUGUUACCUCUUCUGUGGUCUCUUUGGGGUAUCUUAACAAGGCCAAGUGUGUAGAUUGAACACUUCUUGAAACAGCUUUUUAAGUGUUUCAAUGGCCUUGAGCUAGCAAACAGACUAUUCAGACUAGUAUUAAAGGUUGUGGAGAAUAUGCACUUGAGUAUAGAGAUUGCCUGAUACCAUAGCAACCAAAACUGAGAAAGUAAUUUUUUCAAUGCUGUGUCUUUUGUAAAUUCUUUAUAUAUUAUUUUUUUGUAUAUCUAGCAAUGUAUCUCUAAGUAAAGAACUUAUUACUGAUAAAGAAAAACAAGAUUGAUGCUCUUUGGAGUAAAUUAAAAGUACAGCACAUAAUGUGACUGGUGUAGACAUGAUGUCUACUAUGGCAGAUGUAGAGAGAGUUAUGUUUUGAUACAUGUAACGUCCACAUUCUUUGUGUGCUUACAAUCUGAGUGAUCUGCAUGCAAUGAUGCUCAAAAAGUAAACUAAAUCU